AUGCGAUCGCAGAGCGUUGCGGGCGACGCUGGCGACGAGUAUGAGAAGUUCAAUCAACUCGUCAUUGAGGAUCCUGAUGAUUUCGAUGCCUGGGAAGGUCUCAUUCGCUCCCUCGAGUCCACGGAAGGCGGCAUCGGUCGUAACUCCUCCCAAGACGCCAUCCACGCCUGGCGCACCACAUACGACCGCUUCCUGGCCCGCUUCCCGCUCCUCUUCGGUUACUGGAGAAAAUACGCAGAGACAUCAUUCACGAUCGCCGGUACCGAAGCGGCUGAGAUGGUUUAUGAGAGAGGUGUUGCGUCGUGUCCGGCGAGUGUUGAUUUGUGGGCGAGUUACUGUGGGUUUAAGGCGGAUACGAGUCAUUUGCAGGAGGAUGUCAGAGAAUUGUUUGAACGCGCGGCAAACACCGUCGGUCUCGACUUCCUCGCCCACCCCUUCUGGGACAAAUACAUCGAACUCGAAGAGCGCAACGAGCGUCCGGAUCUCAUCUUCAAGAUCCUUGACAGAGUCAUUCAUAUCCCAAUGCACCAAUACGCACGAUACUUCCAAAGAUACACAGCUAUGGCAGCUACUCGACCUCUCCACGAGCUCGUCGAUGCGGAUGUGAUCGAAACUUUCCGAAAUGAUGUUCUGAAUGAGCCUGUGCAGGCUGUCCAGGCUGGGUCUCAACAGAUCAAGAUGCAGCGCGGAGAAGCUGAGAUUGAACGCGAGAUUCGUGUGAGAAUCGCGGAUCUUCACAAGGAGAUCUGUCAUAAGACACAAACGGAGACCGCGAAGCGAUGGACGUACGAGGCAGAGGUCAAGAGACCGUACUUCCACGUAAAGCCGUUGGACGAGCUACAACUCGUCAACUGGAGGAAGUAUCUACAUUUCGAGGAGACGGAGGGUGAUUUCAAGAGAAUCGUGUUCUUGUAUGAGCGGUGUCUCACAACAUGUGCCCUCUACGACGAAUUCUGGUACCGCUAUGCACGAUGGAUGGCAGCUCAAUCCGGAAAAGCGGAAGACGUCCGCAUCAUCUACCAACGCGGUGCAGCGACAUUCGUCCCCAUUGGCCGCCCCGGGUUUCGAAUUCAAUUCGCGCAUUGGAUGGAGAGUCGGGGGGAGGUGGAGUAUGCGAGAGCGAUCUUUGAGGCUGUGGUGGAGAGUUUGCCGGGUAAUGUGGAGACGGUUGUUGCGUGGGCGAAUAUGGAACGGAGGGCUACACCUGGGGAUGUGGAGGGUGCGGUGAAGGUUUAUAGGGAUGCGAUUCAUAACGAUGUGACGGAUAUUUAUGCCAAGGGUGCGCUGUCUGCUGAGUGGGCGAGGUUGUUGUGGAAGGUUAUGGGCAGUGCCGAGGAGGCGCGCGAACUCUUCUCAGCAAAUGCGGACAAGUAUCUCGAUUCGAAGUACUUCUGGAUCAACUACCUCCAAUUCGAGCUCGACCAACCAGCCUCCGAAGAACAACACACACGAAUCACCACCGUCAUCGGCCAAAUCCGUACAAAAACCCACCUUCCUCUCCCUGUCAUUAAAGACCUCACCCACACCUACAUGGUCUACCUCCUCGAAGCCGCACCCUCCGCCAACAUGGCCGAGUACACCCGUCUCGAUAUCGAAGUGAACGGUCCCUUUUCUGUACAACUCGAGAAUAAGAAGAGGCUUCGGGAGGAUGGUGAUGUAGAGAUGGUUGAGAGGAGGUUGAUAGCGGAGAAUGGGCAUCCUGGGGUUGAGGUUGAUGAGAGUAGGGUUGCGAGGGGGGAGAGUGUUUAUGAGAGAUAUUAUCGGGAGCAGGGGGAGAAGGUGCCGCCGACGGAGCAGAGUGGGGCGGCUCCCAGAGCAUACUAA